GUCACGUGGGCGCCGGACCGGGUCGGUGCUGGCAGGUCGGCUGGUUGGUUGGCAGUUGAUCCUUGGGCCAGUGGCCUGUCGCUGAGUUCUCUGCUCUUAUGUUGGAAGGUGAGAGGGACACGGGAGCGACAGCACACCUGAGCCUCCGGGAGAGAAGCAGCGCUCAGGCAUCCAGUAGCAGCAGGAGGAGACUAAGUGGAAAAAGGAGCCAUGACUUCUGAUGCUAGUCAUGCACUGGAAGCUGCCCUGGAGCAGAUGGAUGGGAUCAUUGCAGGCACUAAAACAGUCACAGAUAUUAGUGAUGGCAACUGUGAGCCUGGCCUAUCUCCUCCAUCCUCCUGCAUGAACUCCAUACCAGUGCUCCAUCUCAUUGAGGACCUGAGACUGGCACUGGAGAUGUUGGCCCUUCCUCAGGAGAGAGAAGCCCUGCUGAGCCAGAUUCCUGGCCCAACGGCUGCCUACAUAAAGGAAUGGUUUGAGGACAGCUUGUCCCAGGUAAAUCACCACAGUGCUGCUAGUAAUGAAACCUACCAGGAGCGCCUGGCGCGGCUAGAAGGAGAUAAAGAGUCCCUCAUACUACAGGUGAGCGUCCUCACAGACCAAGUGGAAGCCCAAGGAGAGAAGAUUCGGGACCUUGAAGUGUGUCUGGAAGGACACCAGGUGAAACUCAAUGCUGCCGAAGAGAUGCUUCAGCAGGAACUGCUAAGUCGCACAUCUCUGGAGACCCAGAAACUGGAUCUGAUGACUGAGGUGUCUGAGCUGAAGCUUAAGCUGGUCGGUAUGGAGAAAGAGCAAAGAGAACAAGAGGAGAAGCAGAGAAAAGCAGAGGAGUUACUGCAAGAGCUCAAGCACCUCAAAAUCAAAGUGGAAGAGCUGGAGAAUGAACGGAACCAGUAUGAGUGGGAGCUGAAGGCCACUAAGGCUGAGGUAGCCCAGCUGCAAGAACAGGUGGCCCUAAAAGAUGCAGAAAUUGAGCGUCUUCACAGCCAACUCUCCCGGAGUGCAGCCCUCCACAGUGACCAUGCAGAACGAGACCAAGAAAUCCAUCGUCUGAAAAUGGGCAUGGAAACGCUGCUGGUUGCUAAUGAGGAUAAGGACCGUCGGAUAGAGGAACUAAAGGGGCUGUUGAACCAGUACCUAAGGGUGAAGGAGAUGGUGAUGGCAGCUCAAGGGCCUUCCGAGAGAACCCUCUCAAUCAAUGAAGACGAAAUGGAGGGGAGCAACAGAAAACGGAACACCACGAAUAAAAACCCCGAGGAAGUCCUGAAACAAGAGGUACCACUGCGAUGCAGCUCUCCCACCCCAGGGCCACCUCCCUUGCCGCAGAAAUCAUUGGAGACCAGGGCUCAGAAGAAACUCUCCUGUAGUCUGGAAGACUUGAGACGUGACUCUGGGGAUAAGUGUGUCGAUGGGAACCAGCUGUCCCUGGCGGGAGAGCCCAAGGACAGCUCUUUCCCAGCGGAGCAGAAAUACCCUACAUUACCUGGGAAGCUCUCAGGCACCACGCCCAAUGGAGAAGCUGCCAAGUCUCCUCCCACUGCCUCCUCCCAGCCUGACUCUUCAGGGAGCAGCCUGCUGAGGCUGAAUCGCGGCUGGAGUGUCAGUGCUCCCGUAUUAGGAGAGACAGAAAGUGGCUGGGAAGAUACAGGCGUGACCAAUGAACUCUCCUCUACUUCAUCUGGUACUGAGUCCGGCCCCCAGUCUCCCCUGACACCAGACGGCAAACGGAGCCCCAAAGGCAUCAAGAAAUUCUGGGGAAAAAUCCGAAGAACUCAGUCAGGAAAUUUCAACACUGAUGCACCAGGGAUGGCAGAGUUUCGACGAGGUGGGCUCCGGGCGACUGCAGGGCCAAGACUUUCUAGGACCAGGGACGCCAAGGGACAGAAAUGUGAUGCCAACGCCCCUUUUGCCCAGUGGAGCACAGAGCGCGUCUGUGCAUGGCUAGAGGACUUCGGCCUGGCUCAGUAUGUGAUUUUUGCCAGACAGUGGGUGACAUCUGGCCAUACGCUACUGACAGCUACCCCCCAGGACAUGGAAAAGGAGCUAGGGAUUAAACACCCCCUCCAUAGGAAGAAGCUGGUUUUAGCAGUGAAAGCUAUCAACGCCAAGCAAGAAGAGAAGUCCGCGCUGCUUGACCACAUUUGGGUGACACGGUGGCUGGACGAUAUUGGCUUACCCCAGUACAAGGAUCAAUUUCAUGAGUCGAGAGUUGAUGGGCGAAUGCUGCAGUACCUAACUGUGAAUGAUCUACUCUUCUUAAAAGUCACCAGCCAACUCCAUCAUCUCAGCAUCAAAUGUGCUAUUCACGUGCUACAUGUCAAUAAGUUCAACCCCCACUGCCUGCACAGGAGGCCUGCUGAUGAGAGUAACCUUUCUCCUUCAGAGGUUGUCCAGUGGUCCAACCACAGGGUAAUGGAGUGGCUGCGGUCUGUGGACCUGGCGGAGUAUGCACCCAACCUUCGAGGGAGUGGUGUCCAUGGCGGCCUCAUCAUUCUGGAGCCACGUUUCACUGGAGACACCCUGGCUAUGCUUCUUAAUAUCCCCCCACAGAAGACACUCCUUAGGCGCCAUCUGACCACCAAGUUCAACGCCCUGAUUGGUCCUGAGGCCGAACAGGAAAAGCGAGAUAAAAUGGCCUCACCAGCUUACACACCUCUGACCACCACAGCCAAAGUCCGGCCCAGGAAACUCGGGUUUUCCCAUUUUGGGAACAUGAGAAAAAAGAAGUUUGAUGAGUCUACGGAUUAUAUUUGCCCCAUGGAGCCCGGUGAUGCGGCCAAUGACAGCCACAGGGUCUACGGUGUCUACGGGGGCCUUAGUCCCCUUGACAACCAUGAACUAGAUGGACUGGACCAGGUGGGACAGAUAAGCUGAUGCCCCUGUCAUCUGCCUUCUUUGUGCACCGAGAGCUUGCAAUAACACCGUGUGCCACCAUAAAACUGCACUUCCUCCAUCCUUGUGCAUGACGCGCAGAAAGCAGCAGUGUGUGCCUUUGGGCUGGUCUUUGUACACACCGUAAGGAUGGUCAGGAUAUGCAGUUACACAGCUACAAAGGGGACAGACUUUGGGGACUAUAGGACUAUAGCCAAAUGUGGACUGAGGAGAAAUCACCUGAAGAUAUCUGUACAUGUUUAGUAAUUCUUAAUAUCCGUAUUUCAGCUGGAAAACAUAUGAACAAAGGCAGGCCCCGAGAUCCUGGGCAAUCCCAAGAGGUUCUGCUCUCAGGCACUGUACCCUAUGCUCCAGUUGACGGAAGAAUUCAAGUGCCUCAGGCCUGUGGAGCACAGAGUCUUAGCUGAGAUAAAGGGACAACAGAGGAUCUUGUAGGCCAUGGUGAUAAUGUAAUUUGAUUGUACCUUACUAUGGG